UUCGCCGCAUUUAUGCUUACUUUAAGCAUGGGUGGCGUGGUGAGUUGUUUAAUGAGGUGAACUUCGUUUGUCGGCCGUCCGUACAGUUAAGUCUGAUCUCUUUCUGGAUCUCACUUCCUUCCCUGUGAUGUUUAUGCUGCAUUUCCCUAAUCCCUCUUCUCCGAAGAUUUUUGAGGCCUGGAGAGAUUUGUGAAGAGCAUGGAACCCUAGAGUGGCUUUUCUUGCUGCUGCUGGGGCUGCGAUUGGUGGUUCCUGAUUGAUGUUAUUUAUUUCCUUGUUCCAGCUCCCUUGGUAUCCAGCUCCUCUUUAGGACCCUCGUAACCCACACAACUCAAACUGGGAGGUCCAUGUGCUUUUUCCUCAGAUUCGAAAACUGGAAGGUAACAGGCACCUCAGGAUUCCCGUUCCGUCCUCUGGUUUAGGGAUUACUAUUGGUGUGAAUGUCCUUGAAUCGUUGUUUAAUGAAUAGAACUUGUGUGCUUUCCUUACCAUUAAGUCACUCCAAACACAUAAUCUUGAUUUGUUUGUAAGGGAGAAACAAGAAGUCUCCGUUUAUAGAACUGCGCUUCCACUAUCUUCAGCCCCCAAUACCUUAAUUUUACAUAGUGGAGUAAAACUGUUUUAUUUUUAAGUCUCAUUCAACUCACUGCAGGAUGACCUUCUAUUUGUCUGGUUUUCGGAGCUUUCCGAAACUUUGGAAGAGCAAUCUUUACUUUGAGCUAGGCCCUGCGACCUCUUCUGCCUCAUUCUUUCUCACGGUUCACUGUGUCAUCGGGAACCAACAGAGAUGGUUUUCUGUUAAACCUACGGCCCCUCCAAAUAGCAAAACACUCAAUCUACUGGUUACCAAAGCCAGAACACACAAGAAAGGAAACGACAACAAUAUGAAAGUUUCCUCUGGUCCUCAUUAUUUUGCUGCUGGAGCAGCUAAGAAGAGGUCCCACAUAAGUGGUCACCCUCAGAAUCAGGGUCAUGCCUUGCCUGUGAGAAGCACUGUCCAACUUCCAACUAAACCUCUGAAUUCCGAGGAGUGGGAAAAACUUAAAGAAGAUUUCAAAGGAAAGGCCAGUUUUGAAGACUUCGUCAUUUCACAGAUGGCGGGCAACAGCAGUUCAAUAGAUGUGGCUAAGUCUCUCCUGGCUUGGGUAGCGGCAAAGAACAAUGGCAUUGUAGGGUAUAAUUUACUUGUCAAGUAUUUAUAUCUCUGUGUCUUUCAUAAGCAGACAUCAGAAGUUAUUGAUGUCUAUGAAAUCAUGAAAGCCAAGUACAAGACUUUAGAAUCCGGGGGCUACACCCUUCUCAUCCGGGGGUUAAUCCACUCAGACAGAUGGAGAGAGGCCUUGUUGCUGUUAGAAGACAUUAAAAAAAACAUGGUCCCUUCCAAAAAAAACUAUGGUGACUGUAUACAAGGAGCCCUCCUUCAUCAAGAUGUGAACAUGGCUUGGAGUUUGUAUCAGGAAUUGUUAGGUUGUAAUCUCAUUCCUCCGUUGGAAACGUUAAAAGCGUUCUUUGAUUAUGGCAAAGACAUAAACGAUGAUCACUAUUCAAACCAACUCCUGGACAUCCUUUUGUAUCUAAGGAAUAAUCAGCUGUAUCCUGGAGAGUCAUUUGCACACAGUAUAAAAACGUGGUUUGAAAGUAUUCCUGGAAGACAAUGGAAAGGACAGUUCACCACAAUUCAGAAAAGUGGCCAGUGUUCAGGCUGUGGUAGAACCAUAGAGUCAAUUCAUCUGUCACCAGAAGAGUAUGAAUUUCUCAAGGAAAAAAUCAUGAGGGAUGUGAUAGAUGGCGGAGACCAGUAUAAAAAGACGACACCUCAGGAACUGAAGAGAUUUGAGAGCUUUGUGAACACCUGUCCUCCUUUUGAUAUUGUUAUUGACGGCCUCAAUGUUGCAAAAAUGUUUCCUAAGGGGCGUGAAUCUCAAAAUCUCCUGGCCAUAGUUUCUCAACUAGCCCAACAGAAUCUACAGUUGCUGGUCCUGGGCCGGAAGCACAUGCUGAGGCCGAGUUUCCAGUGGAGAAAGGACGAGAUGGAGCAGGUGCGAAAGCAAGCCCACUGUUUUUUUGCUGAUAACAUCUCGGAGGACGAUCCUUUCCUUCUGUACGCCACACUGAACUCGGGCAAUCACUGCAAGUUUAUCACCAAAGACCUGUUGCGGGACCACAAGGCCUGCCUGCCUGAUGCCCGGACAAAGCGCCUGUUCUUUAAGUGGCAGCAGGGACAUCAGCUGGCAAUCAUGAAAGGGUUUCAAAAAUCAAAACUAACUUUCCAGCAUAUUCUCAGCUAUGACACGGUGGUGCAGACUACUGGAGACUCGUGGCACAUUCCUUAUGAUGAAGACCUGGUGCAGAGAGCCUCCUGUGAAGUGCCAACCAAGUGGCUGUGCCUCCAGAGAAAGACGCAGGCACCCGCCCCCUGCUGAGUGGGGGCGGGGCUCCUGGCUUCCUGGCUGGUGCGGACCCAGCUCUUCUGUCCAUGCUAAUUUCCGGCAUGACCUCUGUCCAGGAAAUAAAAAGAUUUUAGAAACAC